CUGCAGCUGUCACACCACCUGUGCUUCUUAGUCCUGUUCAGUCUGACAGCGAAACUACGACAGCUUCAUCAGAUUGUCGUGAAGAGAAGUUCCCUUGCACACGCCUGUAUUCUGUUCACAAACCAGUAAAGCAGUGUAUCAGCUACCUCUGUGUUACAAGUGUGCGUCGCAUGUACAUAAUAAAUAAGGAGGUGUGCUCUCGCAUUGUCUGCAAGGAGAAUGAGGUCAUGCAAGAUGAGAUCUGUCGCCAGCUGGCUGGCCUUCCUUCUCGACGUCUUCGCCGAUCUGGGCAACCCCCGCAUCUCCCUUGCAGACAACUCCUGGAGCAGCAGCGCAGCAGGCCUGAUGCUCUGUGAGCUACCAACAGUAGGAGAGAAAAAGGAAAGGAGAGAAGAGAAAUCGUCAUCCACUACCUACAACCCAAGACAAGUCCUUCUCGUUUGUGAUUUCCCCACCAUUUCCUUGCUUCUCUGCCUUUCCCCACAUCCUCUUCUUCAGGUGCUGCAGUACACAGAGUCCCCUCUCUGCUAGUCUGUCAUGGUGGCUGUUGUCAUCU